GAGAGCAUUGAUGAUGUGGAGGAUGGCAGUUCGGGCUCAUCGCAGCACCUGCAGAACUACCCCAGCGCUGCACAGAGCUCUUUGAAGGGCACGGCCGUCGGGGCAUCCGAGUCUGUCAGAAUUGAAUGGAAGAAGCUGACGCCACAGGAGCAGAGGGUGCAAGUCCUCGCAGGCAGGGCACUGCGCAGACUCAACGAGAGAGCCAAGUUGCUUAUCACCGUUGAGAACGACUCCGUUUACGGAGCAGCGCUGGCUUUGCCACAGGUCGCUCGCACUGCGGGGUGGAGUUUGGAAUACACAAGCCUUGCCUGCCACAGCAUGAUGUUUCUUUUGACGAAUCUUCUUCUUCAAGGAUUUCUCCUUUACAUGCUGUCGAAGGAGCUUCGAACACUGGACAAGUUCGGAGGACAGAUGCACCUCUGUGACUUCGGCGCGCACUCCGGAGAGUGUCCAGAGGGCAAGAACUGUAUCGGACCUGGCGGUACGGCUUACACACCUGAGCGUCUGUACGAUUGGAAGCUUUGGACGACCCGAGUUUUCGUUCGGGACUCCUUCAAGGCUCUGUUCCCAGACAGGGCAGAGGACAUCGAGGAGAUGGUGGAUCCCGGAGAAUAUGGCCUUGAGAGCUACUACCUCCGAAUGAUUUGCUGCUUCAUCUUCGUGCUGGGUCUUUGGCCAGAUCUCGCUGGCUCCUGGGACAUACUGGCGCUCCUGAUCGGUGUGCCGACGAAAGCGGAACCAUGGAUCAUGGAGACGAACUGGGAGGAGCUGCGUAAGCGAGAGCACAGUGAUGACAAUCCUGAUGACUGGCGCAUGGACUUUGUUCGAUUCCGAGUCGCAGGUGUUCCACUUCAUUGGAAAAUCAUCAACUUCUUCUUGAUCCUGUGCCCGAAGAUGUACAUAUGGAUAUUGACUGUUGAUAUCGGCAUCGUUUUCCUCAUGGAGACUUCCGAGAUAGAGGACAUGAUCAUCAACUGCGUGGCACUUGCGUUCAUCCUGAACCUGGAUGAGCUCACGAUGUCGAUGCUGCCGAACCAAACAAAAGCUAUCCUUGAAAUGUUGGAGGGCUGUCCCUCAGCCAAGCCGCAACAGAUCUCUUUGCAAGAUGAUUUCGUCUUGCACGAGGAGGGCAAGCGUUGGAACUGGUUCUCACCGGGUCUCUAUGGCUACAUCAUACCAGCCCGGCUCUGCUUCCUUCUUGCGGUGACCGCUUUUUUCCUUGGGAACUACUACCUGGAAGCCUGCAUCCGAUUGGAGGAUGGCUCCUGGGUCUCGAAGGACCUUCACUUGCCACGCUCAGACAGCUUGCCCUUUCUGACAUUCCUGUUCGAGCCCUUUCCACGUCUGUUUCCCGUGGACACGGCGACAAGGGACGGCACGAUCCUGGAUGGCCGGAUAGCGCUGUCCACAAAUCUUUGGGACACUAGCUUGGAAAUGCCCGGUCGUCAGGAUGCUACUGAAGUCGAUGCACGGGAUGCCAACACCCCGGACAAGUGGAUCAAGCGUCAUCCGGACAUGCUGCGCAACACUGGUAUGCAUCCUUUCAACUCGGAGCCACCUCUCAAGAACUUGCAGGCAGCUGGUUGGAUUACGCCCCCUGCUUUGUAUGUGGUUCGAAACCAUGGAGCAGUGCCACAGCUCUCCUGGUCCGAGCAUCGGCUGAAGAUCACGGGAGUGCCAAAGCCAAUGGAGCUGAGCAUGGAGCAACUCACGUCUGGUGAAUGGGGCACCAUUGUGUCGAUCCCAGUGACCUUCAUCUGUGCCGGGAACAGGCGCAAGGAGCAGAACCUCACCAAGAAGACAGUGGGAUUUGAUUGGGGAGCCGGAGCCGUUGGAAACUCUGUGUGGACAGGAGUCCGCCUGUGCGACUUGUUGGCAGCAGUUGGCAUCACACGGCCUUCGAAAGAGCAUCGCUUCGUCCAUUUCGAAGGUCCUCUGGGUGAGUUGCCUCAGGGGAAAACGGGAUCCUAUGGCACUUCCAUUGAUUUGGGCUGGGCGCUUGACAGGGAGCGAGAUGUGCUGCUGGCUUUCAAGCAGAACGGAGAGAUGCUUACCCCGGACCAUGGCUUUCCUCUGCGAACGCUGCUGCCGGGUUGCAUCGGUGGCCGGAUGAUCAAAUGGCUCUCUAGCAUGUGGGUCUCAGACAAGCCUUCCGAGAACCACUAUCACUACUUCGACAACCGAGUGCUUCCCCCGCAUGUUGAUGCAGAUCUUGCCUAUGCAGAGGGAUGGUGGUACAAGCCUGAGUAUAUCAUCAACCACAUGAACGUCAACUCAGCGAUGUUCGAGCCGCGUCACAACUCCUUUGUGGAAGAGAAGACCUUGCCCAAGACCAUCAAGGUCUCCGGAUACGCUUACACCGGUGGAGGUCACAAGAUCAUCCGAGCCGAGAUCUCCUUGGAUUCCGGCAAGUCUUGGGAGAUCACCGAGCUCCUUAGGCCGGAAGAUGAGAUCGCGGAAGCACGUGGAACUGACAAGCACUGGUGCUGGGCUUGGUGGGAGACGGAGGUUGACAUGAGCCGUCUCUUGGACACCGCAUGCGAAGAGAUUUGCUGCCGCGCUUGGGAUUCCAACCAGAAUUGCCAGCCUGUGCAACUCACUUGGACAGUUAUGGGCAUGUUGAACAAUCCCAUUUACCGAAUCAAGAUCCACCGGGAAGGAAGCAGGAUGUGGUUCGAGCAUCCAACUCAGGGCUCCAUGCCAGGUGGCUGGAUGACCGAUCAAGCGGGGCAGUUCAACGAAAGCUUUGCCGUGGAAGCAACACCGGGGAAGACUGGCGUGGCUCCAUGGCGGCCGGUGGCUGCGGUGUGGAAGGGCGCCAAGAUAGACUCCGUGAGUGCUGCUGGUGCAAGUUCUGCCAGCCAAGCUGCGGCCAUCCAGCCUACCAAGGCAGGCAAGUUGGUGCAGUCCACGGAGGAAUGGCUUGCAGGAAUCAGCAUGGAGGAAGUUAAGAAGCAUGACAACGAGAAGAGCUGCUGGUUCGUCGUGAAGGGCAACGUCUAUGAUGGCACUCCCUAUCUGCAAGACCACCCUGGGGGAGCUUCCUCCAUCCUCCUUGCCGGUGGUCUCGAGGCCACCGAGGACUUCGAAGCAGUGCAUUCCUCGCGUGCUUGGGAGAUGCUGAAGGACUACUACCUUGGCCCAUUGAAGGCAGCUCCGACAGAAGCUCAAGCUGCUUUGAUUCUACCGAGCUUUAGCAGAGUUCUGUUUGGCAUUCUUUCAUCGUCGCUGUGGGGCCUGGGCGCUCUCCUCACGCCUCUCCGUGGUCUCCGACGAGCGCUCCUCAAGCCUUUCACGUCACCUGCACCAUUCUUGAAUCCCCGAGAGAGCCAACAGCUUCAGCUUUCCGAGAAGAUUGUUGUGAGCCACGACACCCGAAUCUUCCGCUUCAAGCUGCCUUCUCCGUCAAUGACACUGGGGCUUCCCACCGGCAUGCACAUGACACUGAAAGCCAAGGUGGAUGGCAAGCCGGUGAUGCGGGCGUACACGCCCAUGACAGAUGACAACACCAAGGGACAUGUCGACCUGCUUGUGAAAGUCUACUUCAAGGGUGUGCACCCGAGCUUUCCGGAGGGUGGCAAGAUGUCUCAGCACUUGGACAAUAUGAAGAUUGGGGACUCGAUCGACGUCAAGGGCCCCAUCGGCGAGUUCGUCUACCAAGGCAAGGGUCGAUGCCUUGUGAAUGGCAAGCCGCGCGUUGUCACUGCGAUGUCAAUGAUCGCUGGCGGCACCGGCAUCACGCCGUGUUACCAGGUGCUGGCAGCAAUCCUCCGGAAUCCGGAGGACAAGACCACGGUGCGACUUCUGUUCGCCAACAAGACGCCCGAUGAUAUCCUUGCACGAGACGUGCUUGAGGAGUUGGCGGCCAAGCACCCUGACCGCUUCAUGCUGAGCUUCACCGUCGACAAAGUCCCUGAUGAAAAGAGCGACACCCCAGCGUGGAAAGGUCACGUGGGCUUUGUGACUCCAGCCAUGACCAACGCCACUCUGUUUCCUGCCAGCGAGGACACCGUAUGCUUGAUGUGUGGGCCUCCGGUGAUGUUAGAGAAGGCUUGCAUUCCAGCCUUGCGCAGCAUGGGCUACGUGGAUUCCAACAUCUUCUCAUUCUGA